CCACACAGGCGCACGACAGAUUGGAUAUAUUGUUACUUUCCAUGUUUUUUUAGUUCUUUUAUUGCGCACUUUUUAUAGUUUCAUGUAAUUUCGGAGGCUGUAGGAUAUCCAGACUCGUCCUUGCAGCAGUAGUAGACUUUGUGCAUUAACGCAAAGCCAUGAGUAGCGGGAGAGAUGAUAACCUCCUGAGGAUGACGAAGGACGACCUGCAGCGCUGGAUCCAAGAAGAGGUGGACCGAAACCCUCAUCUUAUGCAGAGACGUGAACAGCUUGCACAGGUGGAGGAGUGGGUGAAGCUGAGGGAGAGAGACUCAACCUACACCCGCCUUCUGUACAGCAAUGCCUGCGAGUCAGUCCUUGAGUGUGAGUCGGUGAUGAAGGGUCUUUAUGGAAUGCUGGGAUUGGACUACAAAGACGAGGACUCGGAAGAGGAAGGAGGAGGAGAACCGCGACAACAGGACGUCAUUCAUAUACAACAUGAUGAGGAUAGACAUGAGAUUAGUGUUUGUAAUGGAGAUGAUGAUGAUCUUGUUGUCAUUGAUCUGGGAGCUACGAAAGAAACCUUGGAACCAAUGGUUGAAAAGGUGACUAUGGCCAUUCAGAAGUCAUCCAGACUUGUUCAGGGCUUAGUCCAGAUGGUGAACAAAACCUCAAGCGCUGCACCACCAUCAUCAUCAUCCAACAGACCCUCAUCGAGCUCGACCCCCGACAACAGCUGUUCUGAAUCGGUCACAAAUUCUAGACCAAUCAAGACUGAACCUGAACUGACAGCAAUAACAGCUAAUGAAAUGAACAUUUCAAAACAACACGAAACCGCUCCUAGUCAAAACUACACAUCCAUAAAAUUAAUCAAGACAGAACCUCAAUUGACAGCAGUGUCUCCUUCGGAAAUGUCUUCGAUUCCAAGCAAACAACCAGAAACUAUUAUCAGUGCUAACUCUGGAUCCAUUGCAAAAAUAAAAUCUGAGCCUCAGUCGACAGUAGUAAAGUCAGAAAUGUCUUCGCCUCCUAGCAAUUCCAAACUAUUCAAAAUCCGGCCCAGUCAUAAUUCAGAAUCCAUUGCAGAAAUGAAGUCUGAACCUCAGCUGACAGCAUUAACUCCUGAAAUACAUUUGUUUGAAAGCGAUUCAGAACAGUCCGAGUGUUUCAAUUCAGAUCGCAGUGCAACAAUUAAAACUGAAUUUAAAUUAUCAGCUAUGACUUCUCCUGAAAUCCCUUCACUUUCAGGUGAUUCACAACAAUUGAAAGCUAGUUCCGGUCAUAAUUCAGCAUCCAUAGCAUCAAAUGAAUCUGAUCCUCAAGCGACACCAUUGACCUCUUCAGAAGUGUCUUCGCUAUUAAGCACUACAGAACAAAUGGACACUUUUGCCAGUGAAGAUACAGCAUUAAUUGAAACAAACCAGACUGAGCCUGAAUCAACCUCAGCACCUUCUCCUGAAGGGUCACCGUUGCCGAGGAUUUUAGAAGAACCUGAAACCACUCCAAGUGAUGAUACAGCUUUCAUUGAAACCAACCAGACUGAGCCUGAGUCGACCACAGAGAAUUCUCCUGAAGUGUCACCGUUGCCGAGGAAUUCAGAAGAACCUGAGAAUGAUUCAGAAUCCACGGACAAGACGGAAAAGCCAACAACGAGGAGCAAAUCUGGUAAACUAGGUCCAUCAAUCAAUCUGAGAUCAAAAAUCUCUACAUCCGUCACCAGCACUUCCAGGCUGCAAGAACAGACAAGUGAACCACCAUCACCUGCAGAUAGUUUUGAGGAACCGUCUGACUCAGAGGACCCAGAGUACCUGCCGCCUAAUAGUCCUAUACCCAGUGAUGAUGAUCCCCCUGAACCCCCCCCCUCCAAGGCAUCGACCAAUAAACCUGAUAAUACCUCCCGCAACGAUACUUCUGUGGAACCUUCCAAAGCUGCAAAAAGUUCCAAGCCUUCAAUAAACGAUUCCUCUGGGUCUUCUAAAGCACAUAAAGCUCCAGAGCUAAAGCUCAAAACUCCAGAGAUAAAGCUCAAAACUCCAGAGGUAAAGCUCAAAACUGAGGAGAUAAAGCUCACUGUUAGCACGGAAGUUUUGGGGAAAAGGAAACCCAAUUUGUGGUCUCGAGGAACAGUACAAGAAGUUCAAACGAUGGAGAAGGGCAACAAAUAUGUGGUGGAGUUUAAGCAUGGGAAACAGAUUCUGCUGUCUGCUAAUCAAGUGGCCCCUGUAAAGCGUCCUGUGCUCACCGAUUUGUUUGUUGGCUGUCGUGUUGUGGCAAGCUACAAAAAUGAUGCAGGAAAGACCUUGUUUAAUUCUGGUGUGUUGGUUGAGCUUCCUGAGCGCAAGAAUCGCAUGAGGUUCUUAGUGUUUUAUGAUGGUGGCUUGGCAGCGUAUCUGGCACUGCCGGACUUUCAUGUUGUCUGCAAACAAUUUAAAAAGGUGUGGAGGGAUAUUGAGGAUGAGACAUGUCGGGCGCAGGUGAAGGAAUAUAUGCGUGUCUUUCCCAACCCCAUUGCUGUGGUGCUUCGCAUGGGGCAAGACACGAAGGCGGUGCGAAAUGGCAAGUUUGAGGCCUGCACGGUGCUUCAGUUGGAUGGCAGCCUGAUCCAGAUCUGCUAUAAGAAAGACAAGCACAAGGAGUGGGUUUAUAAAGGCUCGGACAAGUUGGAACACAUUAUAAAUAUCAAGAAACGUCUUUCUAAAGACAGUCCAGAACAAACCUCUCCAAAGAGAACACAACAAUCGCCUCAACAGAAAACUCAACAACCGGAUAAAACCGCAGGAAAUGCCGUGCCUCAGCACAACAAAACUUCCUCCUCGACAAAAGUGGACUCACCGACAGUUACAUCAACGACUGUUACCUCAUCAACGACUGUUACCUCAGCAACGACUGUUACCUCAGCAACUGACACUGCUGUACGCAUGACCCGACAAUCUGAUACCACAGUCGCCAAAAAACCAUCUAUCUCCCCUCAAACUAUCAUGUCGGCAGCUUUCCAGCCGAAGGUCAUCCUCCAGAAGUUGGCCGUCUUACCAGCUUUCGGUGUGUCGAAGGGUAGAACGCGAACAGCAAAAUCUGCUAUGGCAAUCAGUACUUCACAUUUAAGAAGUGAAAAACGACCCGCCCCUGAUGAGGAAGAAGAAUGUGUUUCUGAGGAAGAGAGGCAAGUCUCAGAGCAAGACCAGCACAAGUCCAUAUACUUGUAUCACCGCUGUUGUCCAGCAUGUCUGGAUGGGGUAAGACCAUCUCAGGUCGACAUGCAUCGUGGUGAAAAUCCGCUUCUUAUCCCAUUGCUUUUUAAGUUUCGGCGAAUGACUGCUCGGAGGCGCAUUGAUGGAAAGGUGUUUUUCCACAUUUUCUAUCGUUCUCCAUGUGGGCGGAGCCUAUGUGAUAUGCAGGAAGUGCAAGAAUACUUGAUUGAAACGCGUUGUGACUUCCUCUUCCUGGAAAUGUUCUGUAUGGACCCGUUUGUGCUUGUGAAUCGUGCCCGACCCCCUUCCACAUCAACCAGCCAGCCUCACCUCUUCCUGCCGGACAUCUCUGUGGGUAGGGAGGUGUUACCUGUGCCCUGUAUUAAUGAAGUGGACAAUACUCCUGCUCCUAAUGUCACUUACACAAAAGACAGAAUUCCAGCUCCAGGUGUUUCCGUCAAUACAAACUUGGACUUCUUGAUCGGCUGUGACUGCACGGAUGGCUGUCGGGACAGGUCAAAAUGUGCAUGCCACCAGCUGACCAUUGGGGCCACGUCCUUAUGCAGUGGCGGUCCAGUAGAUGUUAGUGCUGGAUACACACAUAAGAGGCUACCAACAAGCUUGCCAACAGGGGUGUACGAGUGUAACCCUCUGUGCCGUUGUGACCCGAGAAUGUGCAGCAACAGGCUGGUUCAGCACGGUCUACAGCUGCGGCUGGAGCUAUUCAUGACACAGCACAAGGGAUGGGGCAUCCGCUGCAGAGAUGAUGUGGCCAAGGGCACGUUUGUCUGUGUUUUCACUGGUAAAAUAGUGAACGAAGACAAAGUGAAUGAAGAUGAGACGGUGUCCGGCAAUGACUAUUUGGCCAACCUUGACUUCAUUGAGGGAGUGGAGAAAUUGAAAGAGGGUUAUGAGAGCGAGGCGUACUGCUCGGACACAGAGGUCGAAAGCAACAAGAAGACUAUAACCAUGAAAACAGGGCCGUUGCGGAAAAAUACUCUCUACCAAGAAGACACUAGCAGUGGCGAAGAAAGAGAAGAACCUAUGGAGCUGGUCAAAGAACAAGAGGAAAUGGAAGUCUGUGAUGAGUCCUUAGGCGCGAGAAUACUAUCCCAUAAGCCACAUGAAGCAUCUAAAGAUGCUCUGAAGAAAGUGACCAAACAAAUAAGAGAGGACGGUAAAGAGACCUCUGGUCCAAAGCGUUGCUUUGCCAUAAAGUCCUGCAGGAGAAGAGUAAAACCAUUAGAAACCACUGACACACAAAUUGAGAAAACUAGGACAGCUCUGUCUGCCAACAACACCCGCAGACUGUUCAAUGGCGAGGAGACCUGUUACAUUAUUGACGCGAGACAAGAGGGCAACCUCGGCCGCUACAUCAAUCAUAGCUGCAGUCCAAAUUUGUUUGUCCAGAACGUCUUUGUGGACACUCAUGACCUCCGGUUCCCAUGGGUGGCGUUCUUUGCCAGCAAGCGCAUCAAGGCAGGUACGGAGAUGACGUGGGAUUAUAACUAUGAGGUGGGCAGUGUGGAGGGGAAGGUUCUGCUCUGCUGCUGUGGCUCAUUGCGGUGCACUGGAAGACUGCUCUGAUCUGCCCCUUGCAACAUAAAACACUGAAGCUUUCAACAUGUCAGAAAUGUUGGUCACUGUUCUGGAAGAGCAUUCCAUAAAUGUGACCCAUUGAAUAUGAAAAGUAUAAUACAAUAUAUUAAAGUGUGUUUUUUUUAUUGUUUUUAACCUCUACAAAAAAAAAAAUGUGAAUAGUCAUGUAUCUGUGUGUAAAUAAAAUUUGCAAGUAUCAAAAACGACUUAAUUGUAAGAUUUGUCUUCUAUGUUUUUAUUUUUUUGUUUUUCAGUCAAAUAUGCAAGUAUGUUUGGAAAAUAAAGCUGCAUAUGAACAAUACCAAUAAAAGAAGCAAUUCUAAUGUAAAUGUAUUUGGUAAACCUUUAAGAUAACUUGCUAUUUAUAAAAAAA